AACACAUGAGUGUAAAAAAUGGUCGGAGGUAAGGAAUAAUCAAGGAAGAAGAAAGGAAGCCUUCUCUUGGCUGGCCACAGUUUCUAAUGUUCACUCUCCGUUGCACGUAUUCUUCUCUUAACUUUUGACAUCUUUUCUUCUUCAUAUAAACUCACUUGUCCUACACUUCUUUCACUAUCAAGGCUCAACUACACUAGUUAGAGUACAUAAUGCUCAUGGCUUCCCACUUCACUUCAUCUUCCCAAGUUUGGUUUCUCUUCCUUGCUAUUGCCUUAGGGGUAAAAUUGUCCGAGUGUGCAAAUAUUACCAUUAUAAACUAUUGUAAAGAGACAGUAUGGCCUGGAAUUACACCUAAAAACAAUUUCAGCGGAGAUGGUUUUGAACUAAAACAAGGCCAAUCUGCCGUUUUUACUGCCCCGACCGGGUGGAGUGGCCGUAUAUGGGGUCGAACCGGCUGCGACUUUGACAAGAACAAUAACGGUACGUGCCAAACCGGUAGAUGCGGAACCGGUCUAAAAUGUAACGAACCGGGUCAGCCUCCAGCUUCAAUUGCCGAAUUUACCCUUGGAGAAACAGAUUUUUACGACGUUAGCCUUGUUGAUGGGUUCAACUUGCCUAUAGUAGUAAAACCUGUAAAUGGUAAAGGAAAUUGCAGCUCUGCUGGUUGUGACAGUGAUCUUAGGCCAAAUUGCCCUUCUGAGCUAGCUCUUAAGCUGAACAACAAGACGAUCGCUUGCCGGAGCGCGUGUAACGUCUUCGACACCGAUGAAUAUUGCUGCCGGGGUGCAUAUAGUAGCCCAGUGUCAUGUUUGCCUACAAACUAUUCAAGGAUUUUCAAAACAGCAUGUCCUGUGGCUUAUAGCUUUGCCUUUGAUGAUCCAACUAGUGUCAUCACUUGCUCUUCUACUGACUAUGUUGUGUCAUUUUGUUCUUCAAGGAACCAGACCCAGUGUACUUAUCAAGGCAAAAACGUAACAUGUAAUGGAGCAUAUGGAUUGAAGUCACUCUUUCAAACAAUGCAUAUAUUGCUGGUUGGAUUAACAGCAGUGAUUAGUCUUGGAGGGGUGAUGUUUUGACAGAAUCUUGUAAAGAUUCAAAACUUUUUUGAAUACCUGUAGGCAACAAUAUUUACUUUUCUCAUUCAUAUUAAGGAUUUUGAUUGCUUUUCCUUGUAUUUUGAAAUUUUGUUCACAAUCUCGAGAGUAGAGUCUUCAAAACUGGGAAAACAUCAAUAUUUGGCCAUUUACCCAAAGUGCAUAAGCUUAAACUUCACAGUAAAACUGCAUGUCUGGGAUAUUAUCUUUUUAUGCUCUGAAGAUGAUAAAUUUCCACCCCAUUAUAAUGCUUUUUCCUUUUCAGAAGACAUUCAUACAAAAUCAAUUACCAUUUCAUCUAGGUUCCAACAGGCUAAACUAUAAAAUCCCACCCAAAUGAUACUGUUAUUAAGAGCAAAAAUGUUUUUCUGCUUCAUCUUCAACCUGUCACUCCUACUGCUACCGCCAACUAACCGGAUAAAGAACCAAAGACGAGAAAAGAAAAUACUUAGAAGAAGAUAUACAAUAACCUACUGCUUUAGCUGUUUUUCUGGUUUUACUACAACAUCAUUACUGGACUCCUUUCUUUGGCUUGGUGCAUCGGACUCAUCAUCCUCAAAUGGUAGCACGACAACUGGAGUGGCAG